AUGAAAAUUCUCUAUAUAAUACUAGGGUAUCUUAUUAACCAUUCAAAUUCAAAGUGCGAUGAAUUAAAAAUACAACAAUAAGUAUCUUGCUACUAAUUCACAAAAAAAUGUUGUAUUUUAGAAGGAAAUGAAGAUGAUUAUUAAUAACUUCAACACAUCAAUACUCAAAUUGUAGAAAAGUCAAUCUAAAUUCCAUAUUAAGAAGAACCCAUUUUAAUAAGAGUCAUCAGUUCUUUGAAUUAAUAUAAAAUAUAACAGAAGUUAAUGUGCUCCUUGUUUGCUAAUCUUGAAUAUUAUAUCACUUGUAUGGCAUUUGAUUUAAUUUUGUAUGAGGAAUAAACUAAUUAUAGUGAAUAUAUUAGAAUAAAUACAAAAAUAUUAGCUAAUAAUCUUUGCGAUGAAUUAUUUACAAUGCAAGACGGAUUUUUGAGUUUAUUUUGUCUAGGUUAGACAACUUUAAAAUAAUACUCUUUGGAUUUUUCAAGGAAUGUUAUUUUAAGCUUUGAGUACGAUGUUUCGGACUAAAUAGAGGAUAAAUGCAAAAAAAAAUAAAUUAAAUGGAAAGAUAAUUAAUAUUUAGUUGUAUUUUAUCAAUGCUCGAGAUGGAAAGUUUUGCUAAUUAAAAAUAAUCAAUCUAGUACUUUAUUGGACUCGUCAAUGAAGCAUUAGGAUGUUUAGCUAUCUAGGUUCUCUUUCAUUGAUUAUGUAACUUAUUGUGAAUCUAACAAUGUGAUUUCUAAUAUCUAUCUGAUAGAAGAUAAUUUUUAUUUAUAAGUAUUUUUGAAUCAACAUGCAAUAAAACAUCUAAAUUUUGUGUUAAUAGAAUAUCCAAUUCGAAUUCAAAAGAUCUUAAUAUAAUCAAACUGUUAACUAUUAAUUUUAGUCAACUAAUUGGAUUUGCUAAUUUAAUCUCAAUAAGAAUCAUAAGUAAUACUUAAUUAACAAUAUCCAAUUAAUAAUAUUCACUUUUAUUCAAAUCUCAUUUUCCUAUAAAACUAAUUUGAAUUAGAUGUAUUAAUAAGUGCUCAGAUUAAUUAGACAUAUCAAAUUUGCAACACAUCAUUGCAUUUUUUUGAAACUAAUAAUUUAUUUUGUUAAUUUGAUAACACUAAAAAAGUGUUAUAAUUUUAUAAAUAUUAACCAUUACCUACUAUUAUAAAACCUAAAUAGAAGUAUAUAUUUAUAAUUUAGAAAAAAUAAUUAUUCAGGAAAGGUCAUACUUCCAUUUGUUAUAGAGUUUUAUACUACAAUCACAAUCAAAAAGCAAUAUCACAAUUCAUUGAGUUGAUUAUUUUCCAAAAUAAUUGCUAACAGAAGUAUCAAACAUUAUGGAAAUCAGAGUACUCUGUUAAUAAUGGUACUUUCAAUUUAAAUAGUAGCGAUGGGAGCAUUAAUGUAAAUAUCAGAAAAUAUGAAAACAUUCAUUCAACUUGUUUAACAAGACUUUAUACAUUUUAUUUCUAAGAUAAGUUUGAGUUAAAAGAUAUAAUAUCACAAUACAUAUGUUUUCAAUACGAAUCAAUUUUUUAUAUCUAUGAUUGCGAAAAAGAUAAAUUUUCAAUCUCAAUAAACUUAAAUUAAUAUAAUGUACUUCAAUCUAGGCCAGUCUAUUAUUUUGUGAAUAGAAAUAAUAAUAGUGUUUUGAGAGGAGUUAACCUUUUAGCACCCUCAAUUUCACUUUUCAAUAUCUAUUUAAAUGAAGUAAUUACAAGCUUUGAGCAAAUUUCCUAGUAUAUAUUUUUUUAAGUGAACAAUUCAGAUUUACCGCUUAUUAUAUAAAUGAAUUAUUUGCCUUAUUCAAGAAGCAAUUAUUUAUCAAAAGACCUUUAUUAACCUGAACCUAUUCUAUUUUAUUUUGACUUUGAAAACAUAAUUUUUAUUCAAUAUCCACAGAUUUUAGCUAUUAAAAGUAAAGAAAUUUUGAGAUGUUAUGAAAUCCAAGAAUAAUUAAUUAUUUCAAUUCAAGAGUUAAUUCAUCCAUCUAAUUGUUACAUAAUUGUUGCAAUAUAAUGCGAUUAUAAAAUAUUAACUUUGCAAAAUUAACCAUUUUCUUUAAUAAUACAUUAUUUUGAGGAUUAUUAAAUACAUUAAAUUUAUAAUUACACAUUUUAGGAUUAUUAAUUUUAUUAUCCUUUUACGUACACAAUAAACCUUGAUAGCAUAGCUUUAUUAAUUAAGAAAAAUAAUUUGCUAUAUAUAGCAAUUUUUUAAUAUGAUGUGUAGACGGUAUCUUUAUAUGAUAUUAUCGCAACUGACAAUUCCUUUUUUAAAUGUGAUUUAUAUCGACUAUUAUUUUCUUAUGAUAAAGUAUGGAUGUACUUAUUAUUAAAAAACAUCCUUGUUGAAUUUGAGACAGAAUCACUUCAUUAAAAUACCUUAUCAUCAAAUUUUUCGAUGAAAUUAAAAGAAUUGGAUGAAUCUGAAUUAAGAAUUUCAAUCUAAAAUCAAUGCUUUAAGGUAUACUCUAUAAUAAAAUCACCUAUUUUUGAAAUUCAAUAGAAUUAAAGUAUAAAAUUACAUAUUUCUGAUAUAUUUUAUGGUCCAAUAACUAAUUUGACACUCAUCAAUAAUUCAAACAUUAUUUUGAAGGGACCUUAUCAAUUUAAGCAAGAACUUUUAAAUUGUAAUGAUGAAACUUCAAUAUUAUGUUAUAAAGUACAUUAUUUUUAGAAAUAAAUAGAGCAGUUUAUUUUUACAGUAAUUAUGUAGGAUAAUUAAGUUAUUGAAGUAUUUUAAAGUAAUUUUUUUGAUAGAUAUUAUGUAACCUGGGUAAAAUGGUAAUAUUAUCUUUAUGUUUCUUAAUUAUUAAAUGUUGAAUUGAUUGAAUGUUCUGAAAAAUAAUAUGAACCUUGUAAACUCAUCUCUAAAAUUAGUGAUAAUUUUGGAAUAGAAUAGAUUAAUAUUGCAGACACAACCAGAGUUGGUAAUUUAAUAAAACUUUAAGGUGACAACACUUAGGCUUUUAUUUUUAUUGAUGAUAUCAAUUUUAAUAUACAGCUUUUCUCUGGCAUUUUCAUAGAUAUCCAAUAUAUUGAAAAAUCAAAGGAUUAAUACCUCUUUCUAUAGAAAAAUAUGAAAGAUACCAAUGAGUUAGAAUUAGCAAUAUACUCAAUCAAUUUAAAUCAAAAACACCAGAUAUACUCAUUAGCAAUUAGUGAAAAAAUAUAGAGAGAGUUAAUUAAAAAUGGAAAUCUUAUUAAACAAAUAGUUAAAAUGAAAUUAGUCUCAUGUAAGUAUACUGGAGAGUAAAUUAGUAUUAAGCUUGUUAUUAUGGAUUAAUUUUGUUCAUAAUUAUUCUAAUUAAAUUUAGAUCAAUAAAAGAAUUAAAUUGAAUUCGAAUUGUAAAAGCAAGUAAGAAAUUCAAUGAACUUAAAUUCACAUAAGAGUGAAAAUAUUAUUAUUUAACAUAUUGAUGAUUAGCUUUUAAUUUAAAAAGACAUUGAAAGCAAUUUGUCUUCAUUUUAUGAUCUCCUAGAAGAUAGGAUAUUCUAUGAUUAUUUUCAUUAAUCUAUAAUUUCAAUGUAAAUAAAAAGAUUCAAUACUACUAACUUCAUUUUUAUUGAUUGUUAUAAGAUAUCUAUAGGAACAAUUGGAUAUGAAUUAGAAUUGCAAAAUUAUAAUUAAAUUGAAUAAAAUUUUCAAUUAUUCGCUGAAAAUGAGAUAUCAAAUGAUGUAGUUUCAUUGUAAAUACAUAUAAUUUAAUCAAAAUAGAAAUUUACACAUAGUAUUUUAAUCAUAUAAAUAUCUUGUUUUAUUUUCAUAAUAAUUUACACUAGAAAAACUUAAUCAAAAUCAGGAAGGAAAAAACAAAGUGGUAAUUGA